CGUACUCCAUACGACGUAAUGGCUAUCGAUACGCGCUGCUCGACCAAUCACUGGUUAGCGUGGUUUCCUUUAUAUACAUAACUCUUCCUAUUUUUUCUCAGGUGUUUCCUGGAAAAAGGCAAGAUUAACUCACGAUGUUCGUGGCAUUCGCACUAAUUCUCAUAAUAGCACCAAAUGAAAUCUUCUCAGCCGAAAAUGUUAUCGCCACGGCUGAGAAUGGACUCAAAAAUAUAAAGCCAGAUGUUAAAUGUGAGGACAAACAGUUUGCAGCUAAUCCUACAGGCACGACUGUAGGGACUCCGGCAGGUUGUGUUGUAAGCGGUGAUUCAAAUGAUGCGACAUCAAUCGACAAACGGGGAAAUUACUUCCAACGCCCACGAAAAGAUGCAGAAGAUAUAAACGAAAAAAGAGGUAACUAUUACCUUCAUCCAAGAAGUGACGAAGCAGAUGAGAAACGGGCAAAUUAUUUCCAACGACCGCGAAAGGAUGAAACUGGAAUGGCACUAGACGACAAGCGAGCAAAUUGGCAUUACUAUCGACCACCUCGGGCGGACGAAACCGAUGACACGGAAGAAAAGCGGGCAAAUUAUUGGCGUCAACACCCACGUAAAAGGGAUUCUGAGGAAGAAAAGCGAGCUAACUAUUUCAUGCGUCCACGAAAAGAUGAGGAUUAUCUUUCCGAAGAUAAAAGAGCAAAUUAUUGGCGACAACCUCGAGCGGACGAAACCGAUGAGACGGAAGAAAAGCGAGCAAAUUAUUGGCGUCAACACCCACGUAAAAGGGAUUCUGAGGAAGAAAAGCGAGCUAACUAUUUCAUGCGUCCACGAAAAGAUGAGGAUGACAUUUCCGAAGAUAAAAGAGCAAAUUAUUGGCGACAACCUCGAGCGGACGAAACCGAUGAGACGGACGAAAAGCGAGCAAAUUAUUGGCGCCAACGUCCACGUAAAAGAGAUUCGGAGGAAGAAAAGCGAGCUAACUAUUUCAUGCGUCCACGAAAAGAUGAGAGUGAUUUUUCCGAAGAUAAAAGAGCAAAUUAUUGGCGACAACCUCGGGCGGACGAAAGCGAUGAGACGGAAGAAAAGCGGGCAAAUUAUUGGCGUCAACGUCCACGUAAAAGAGAUUCGGAGGAAGAAAAGCGAGCUAACUACUUCAUGCGUCCACGAAAAGAUGAGAGUGACAUUUAUGAAGAUAAACGAGCAAAUUAUUGGCGACAACCUCGGGCGGACGAAACCGAUGAGUCGGAAGAAAAGCGGGCAAAUUAUUGGCGUCAACGUCCACGUAAAAGGGAUUCUGAGGAAGAAAAGCGAGCUAACUAUUUCAUGCGUCCACGAAAAGAUGUUAAGGAAACCGACGAUGCAGAAGGAAACUAAAACAAAAGUAGAAGAAAUUGUUGUUGUUCACCCACAUAAUGUUUCACCCACAUUUCAUGUGACAUCUAAGGUAGAUUUCUAAAGAAUAAUAGGAAUUUUUGAAAAAUCUAUUAAGUAAAUAAUGAUUCAUAAUAUUAUCUCCACGAUAGGUGUAAAUGCCGCAGAUCAAAAUCGAGAAAAUUAUGUUUUCUCGGCAAAAUUGAGGAGUAUUUUUCUACAAUGUGUGUUUGAUUAAGAAAUGAACAGUUUAGCUUUGACAAACCAUUGUGUUAAGAAGGGGUAGAAAAUGAUGACGUGGGAUCUGGUUCUUAAAAAUGCACAUCCUAUGUUCAUAGUUUAUUGCUAAGCACCCUUUUUAGAUUUUUGAACCUGUAGUAUGCAUUUAUACACCAGAUUGGAAUUAUAGAAAUACGCCAAAUGUUUGUUGGUUUAAAUUUAAGCUGAUGUUUGUUAAACAUAAAGCUUAAAAAAAUAAAGCACUCGGAAGAUAGUUUUAUGCCCUUUGUAAUACUAAAAUGUAAACUAAUAAAUAUAAUACCCGAGUCACACGAGAAAGUUUUCACAUGUCCCGUGCUAGGGAAAAUUUAGCACGCUUCUCCUGUUAAUACGACGUCCAUGUGAAUGCCUAUCUGUGUAAGAUUAGCACACGAUGAGUACCGAAUUUGUGAAGACGAUGGUGCAUGGUGGGAAUAUCUCGGGAAGUCCUUGUAACAUUUAGCACGCGUCCAGUGCUUAAAAAAAUAGCCCUGAUUGCCUCGUGUGACGAAAAAAAUGUUGCACACAUACUGUGCUAGGAAGAUUUUGGCACGCGUCCCCUGCUAAAUUGCAUCCGUGUGAAUGCCUACCUAUGUAAGACAGGCACACUCAAGAUAAUUAGCACGGAUCCGUGUGCAUGUCACUGGACAGCUUAUCUUUCAUGUGGCGUCGCGCGUAUCGUCACUGCCUGCGUCGAUCUACGAUGGGAAGUCUACACUUAGCACGCGCCCCUUUAACAUUGUGUCGCGUGUGAAUCGGGUAUUAGAUUAAUCAAUUAAGACAUGGGCAGAAAAAAUGUCUUCCUGAGAAAGUAACGUUAUCGCAACCCACCAUCGCAAACAAUUAAUGUAAAUAGGCCUAAUGUUAGAAUAGUAUCUGAAUUAUGAUGAGUCUGGGUACGGCUGUAGUAGAUCAAAUACUUUUCGAUCGAUCGCAUUAUCGAUUAAUUAUCAAUUAAUUAUUGAUUACUCUAAUGAUUUUUAAAUUUAUGAAUGUGUAUAUUGAAAGGAUAAACUAUCCAUGAAUUAUUACGCAUGUCCCACAUAAUCAUGUGCUGAAAAUGACGUAUUAAAAUGUAGAUGCAAUUGUGA